CCCAGCUCCGCCCAGCCGCGCGCUCCGCCGGCGGGUGGCGACCGCCGCAGCGGCUGUGGGCGGGCCGACGGGAGGGGCGAGGCCUGGUGGCGAGUGGCCGCGGCGGGAGAGUCACUGCAGGCACCUCAGCGCGAGGGGGAGACGGGGGCGGCGAGCCGAUUGGAUAUGAGAGAAAUAUAAGGUAAAGAGUGACGCUGAAGAAAGAUGAUAUUUGGCUGUCUUUCCUUCCGGCAACCCUAUGCUGGAUUGGUUUUGAACAAAGUCAAAACAAUAGAGACUCGUUGGCGUCCUUUGCUGGUAGACUACAAGAACUGCACUAUUGCUAUUCACAUAGCUUUUAAGGACUGGGAAGAUGAAACAUGGAAAGAGAUUCUUCUGACUAGACUUGGCAUGACACCUACGCAAGUUCAAGAGUUACUAGCUAAAGGGGAAACAUUUGGCAGAGGAGUUAUUGCUGGGCUAGUUGACAUUGGAGAGACCUCAAAGUAUCCAGAAAAUGUAUCUCCUGAAAAGAUUUUGGAGCUGGAAAAUCAAGCUGUACUCACUAGCCUGGAGCAGAAAUACUUGACUGUUGUUUCAAAUCCAAGAUGGCUACUGAAACCAAUUCCUGCUAAAGGGGGCAAAGAUGUAUGGCAAGUGGAUAUCCCAAAGGAACUGAUCCCUUUGGAACAUUAAGCUAUAUUUGUGCCUACCUAAGUGUAAAGCUGUAGUGUCAGAUGUCAUUAGUUUAGCUUCAUAUAUGUAGGUGAUUUUUAUUUUUUCCCCAAGCUGUCAUCUGGAAUGUAUUCGUGGUGAAUGGUUUUUAUAGAAAUCAAUAUGAGGCAAAAACUGAUUUGAGUUUUUUCUUUGUUUUUUGUGACCCCAUAAUAAGAAGUUGAAAUAAUGAGAAAAUGUAUGGAAUUAUUUUUCUACCAACUAAUGAAGAGAUGUCAUUGUAAGGACCAUUAUUGAUGUCUAUAUUGUUUUUUUAAGUGUCUUGUAUGUGUACACAUGGACAAUUUGUAAAUUUUAAUUUUUUUAAUAUACUGAGUAUAGAUGUACCUAUUUUAAAUGUUGAAACCUAAAAGGAGGUGUGGCUGCAUCAGGCUGUGGGAUGAUAAUGGAACGGAAAAGUAUAUUUGCUGUAAAUAGAAACUUGGGCCCUGGUCCUAGAAAGAUUUAUGCAUGUGAAUAGUCCCAUGGACUCCUAUAAUUUUUUUUAACUUCAGAAGAACUACUCAUGUAAGUAAAGUUAAGCAUGUGUUUAAGUUUUAGAAUUAAAGGAGGACUAAUUUAAAAUUCAGCAUCUGUGUUUCAGAACUCUUAUUCUAGGACAUAGAUCUUAUUUUGAAAUAAAAUAUGAAUUUCUGCUCA